UUAAUAGUUUGCGGGUCGAAAAAAAAUAAAGAAAAAAACUAGCUGACAUCAUCACCUCAUCGAUAAACAUCAGGGGCACUCCAAUCGAACCGAACCACUAAACAAACUACCAGAAGAAACUGUGGGGAUGGUGAGGCUUCGUAGCGGGGGCGAUUCGGGCCCGAGCCCGGACGAACCAGGCUCAAGUGGAACUCAUGGCGGAAUCCGGCGAUUCCCGCUCGCAGCUCAGCCGGAGAUAAUGAGAGCGGCAGAGAAAGACGAUCAAUACGCUUCUUUCAUCCACGAAGCCUGCCGCGACGCCUUCCGACACCUUUUCGGUACAAGAAUUGCUCUUGCUUACCAAAAAGAGAUGAAACUUGUUGGGCAGAUGCUUUACUUUGUUCUGACGACUGGUUCAGGGCAACAAACUUUAGGAGAGGAGUAUUGUGACAUUAUACAGGUUGCAGGACCUUAUGGGCUCUCUCCUACACCUGCUAGACGCGCUUUGUUCAUACUGUAUCAGACUGCAGUUCCCUAUAUCGCCGAGAGGAUUAGUUCAAGAGCUGCCACACAAGCGUUUACCUUUGAUGAGGAUGAUCAGUCACCGAGAAUGGUUGAUCUUCCGUCUUCAGCUUCUUCUGUAUUAACUAGGUUCAAAGAUAGAGUUCAGAGGUUGUGGCACCGAGCUAUUCGAAGAUGGCCUGUGGUUCUCCCUGUUGCCCGUGAAGUCUUACAAGUGCUUCUCCGUGCCAAUUUGAUGCUCUUCUACUUUGAAGGUCUAUAUUAUCAUAUAUCGAAACGUGCCUCUGGGGUUCGUUAUGUAUUCAUAGGAAAGCAAUUGAAUCAGAGACCUAGAUACCAAAUUCUCGGGGUUUUCCUUUUAAUCCAGUUGUGCAUCCUUGCUGCUGAAGGCUUGCGUCGGAGUAAUUUGUCAUCUAUCACAAGCUCAGUUCAGCAGGCGUCUCUAGGAUCUUAUCAAACCUCAGGAGGGAGAGGGUUGCCUGUUUUAAACGAAGAGGGAAAUUUGAUUACUCCAGAAGCUGAGAAGGGAAACUGGUCUCCCUCCGAUGCAACUUCAACUACCGAGGCAGUAGGAAAAUGCACUCUCUGCUUAAGCAGCCGUCAGCACCCGACGGCCACUCCUUGUGGUCAUGUAUUUUGUUGGAGCUGCAUUAUGGAAUGGUGCAAUGAGAAGCAAGAAUGCCCACUUUGUCGAACACCCAACACCCACUCAAGUUUAGUUUGUUUGUACAAUUCUGAUUUUUAAGCUCAAACAAGGACACAAAAAAGGCAUGGAAAGCAAAGGAAGGGUGAAAGGCCCAAAUAGUCCACACAAGGUUCUCUAGUGACAAACUUGGGACAGUAACAUAUUCUACAAGAACGGAGUCUGUUUUGUCUUGAGACAUUUUGAAGUUAAAGAUUAUCAAGUAAUGAGAAGACAGAAUAAAUGUUCUGGAUCCAUGCCUGCCCUUUUUUUUAUAUUUGAUAUCUACUUCAGAGACCACAGAGGAAGUUUUACAUUUCAUUGAAAGAAAAGAUUGAAACAUUUAUUCAUUAGAAGACCUGAAAUAAUUUCAUAUUAGACAUAAUUCAAUUUCAA